AUGUCCUCUCUUUCAGCGCCGUCGCAUGGCCCCGCUUCGACUCCGCCUCUCGCCAGACUUGCGAAACUCGCUCGAGCUGUGAAAUACCGUGAGCUCUCCACAGCGGCUGCUCUAUCCAAUUUAUUUUCACGGGGCAAAAAAACACAAACACACACCACCCACCACUCUGCUCAACCCCCACUCGCACCCCACCAAGGAACGGACAGGCGGGGUAGACAGCUCCAGCGCAAGCGCCAGCGCGUCAACUCCCUCCCACCUUCGCUCAUACUCGACGGAUUGGGCAGUGGGCUCGAGGAGAGCAUCAAAGAAGGACUCGAAAUGCACAGCAAAGAAGGCGGUAUCGGGCUAUUGAAGUUGCCCAAUAUGCGCCUUGACAGUUACGCUAUUAGUCACGGUAAUCACGUCGGCCAUGCCAGCCACACCAACCACACCAACAAUACCAGCAAAAGCAAACAUCCAGUGAGAACUUCAGCCACAACCAACACCACCUCAAAUACCGCAAACACUAUGCUCGAAUCGACCACCCUUUCUGCUUCCACCCUCACCGCUGACUCGUCAAUCAUCAAACUUGUCGAUUUCGCGGGUGUGGAUGAGGAUCUAAAGUUGUUCACAAAGGGUCAGAGCCACUCCUCUCCCAAUGUUCUUCUCUUUCGCGAUGUAGCGGAUGAGAUUCACAACGCUCGCCUCACCCACCACUCCCAAGGUAGAAGCGGUGUCGCUGAGAGCCACUACACCAGCUGUGGCACUUGCAGUGAACCGGAGAUUGGCUGCGAUGAGGCUGUGCUCGGUGAUGGCUUUGGUAUGAAUACCAUUCUGCGUCGUGAUACUGUUAAGGCUAUGUAUGGUGUCGAUGCGGCCUAG